AUGGGCUCUUAUCUAAGCACUGCAAUCAGUAAGGCUCGAUCCAUGGUUUCAAACAAAAGGGCCAAGAUAACCGCAUAUGACUGUGGGUCGUAUUCGAGGAUAAUUCCGACUCUUCCGGAUGAGCUUUCAUUUCAAAUUCUAGCAAGGUUACCACGGAUUCAUUACCUAAAGAUGAAGUUGGUUAGCCGAACUUGGAAGGCGGCAAUCACCGGCACUGAGCUUGCCCAGCUGAGAAAAGAGCUUGGGUUAACUGAAGAAUGGUUGUAUAUAUUGACCAGAGUUGAGGCAAAUAAGCUUGAAUGCUAUGCACUUGAUCCAUUGUUCCAGAAAUGGCAAAGGCUGCCAUCCAUGCCUUCAUUCGCCAAUGAGGCGGACUCCACUGGGAGGACGCAGUAUUCUGUGUUUCGGAUGUGGAAUGUAGUGGGCUCAAGCAUCAGGAUUGCUGAUUUCUUUAGGGGAUGGUUUUGGCGCCGAUAUGGUUUGGAUCAAAUGCCUUUUUGUGGGUGCUCUGUCGGAGUUGCUGAUGGUUGCUUGUAUGUCUUAGGGGGGUUUUCCAAAGCUGUUGCCUUGAAUUGCGUGUGGAGGUAUGAUCCUUGUGUCAAUUUGUGGCAGGAAGUUAACCCGAUGAUAUUUGGUAAGGCUUUCUCUAAGGCAUCAUUAUUGGAGAGUAAGUUGUAUGUGGUUGGUGGUGUUAGUAGGGGUCGGAACGGAUUGCUUCCUCUACGGUCGGGUGAAGUGUUUGAUCCGAAAACUGGUUUAUGGAGUGAGUUGCCGGAAAUGCCUUUCGUGAAAGCACAGGUACUACCGACAGCUUCCUUGGCCGAUGUGCUGAAGCCUAUCGCCACUGGGAUGGCAUCCUAUAACGGAAAGCUCUAUGUUCCUCAGAGCCUGUACUCAUGGCCAUUCUUUUUCGAUAUUGGAGGUGAAAUCUAUGACUCGGAAUUAAACUCUUGGUCAACUAUGCCAGACGGUCUUGGCGAUGUAUGGCCAGCAAGGCAAGCAGGCACAAAAUUAGGUGUUGUAGUCAAUGAUGAGCUUUGUACAUUGGAGCCUUCCAGCUCCUUGGACAGUGGACAGAUAAAAAGGUAUGAUGCUGAAGAAGAUGCCUGGAGAACUAUGGUACCACACGUUCCAGUUCAUGAUUUCACUGAUGUGGAGUCUCCUUAUUUACUCGCUGGCCUUCAUGGGAAGCUCCAUGUUAUUACAAAAGAGGCAAACAAUAAUCUUCAAGUUAUGCAAGCUGUAUUGGAGAAUAACACGGGAAACGAUGCGGCCGAAGAAAACGUCUUAUGGAACAUAGUAGCCUCGAAGAACUUUGGGGCUGCUGAGCUUAUUAGCUGUCAGGUUCCCAAUGUUUAAAAUGAUGAGUUGCUGCCGGCACUGAGAUUUUUCCAAGAAAUACUUAUAGAGUCACUGAAACAAUGUUACAUAUAUUUAACUGGGAGUAAUGUAUAUACAUUAUAUGCGGAAAGUCAAUUUGGCUCCCGGGUGCAUUUGCACCCGGGGCCAUUUUUGAUUUUUUUUUCAAAUGCCAAAAAAUUGAGACAAAUUUUUUUUGUGAUCUUUGUCGCAUACCAAUGCUACCUGCAAAUUUUGAGACAAAAAAGUUAAGCAUUUUGGCCUGCGCAAAAAAAAACAAAUCAAAGACCAAAUGUCACCCCAAAAUGUCACUCUGUGCAUUUGAAAACCGAACCGAAAAACCACACCGAAAAUAAA